AUGGCGUCUUACUUCACUCCAACCCCUUUUCUGGACGAACAAACCCUCGGGGACCUCACCAAAAAGUGUUUUCUCCUCAAACCCUCGCCCAAAACCCUCAAAGAUGCUGCAGCAGCAGCAGCAAUUUGGAAAGCCCUCAACGCGGUUUACCCCGCGUGGUUUGACCAGUCCGUCCACCCCGACGCCUGCGAGUCCCCCGAGGUGGCCGUGGAGAACAUGCUUUACUACAUGAACGAAUUUCUAGAGAGUAAAUUCCAGUCGGACUUCGACAUUUUGAAGGGACACAUUCCCGAGCUGCUGGCAGGCAACCCCUCUCUCGUGCUGAAGCUGUACGAGUUCAUUUUAUUGAUUUCCGUCCAGAGUGACUCUCAAGAAAUAGUGGCGAGGUUUAUGGAGUUGAGUGACACUUCUCAAGGAGUGAUUCGGAAAGUUAUUCAAUUUUAUGCAGACGACGACGAGUCGAAUUCGUUUUCGGAAGUGGCGGCGCUUUCGAAGAGCUGGGGUUCGGGUGUACAUACACCCCAGGAAGAAGCCAGGGGGGGCCCUUUGGCGCAGCGGCUGCAGCAGCAGCUAGCUGCAGCGCAGCAGCAGCUAGCUGCAGCAAAGCAGCAGCUAGCUGCUAGCGAAACCCACAAAGAAUCCAUUCUGGACAAACUCAAAACCACCGAACAAGAAAGAGACAAAGAAAGAGACAAAAGAAUCACCCUCGAAAUACAACUCGAACGCAAAAAGGACAGCCUCCUCGAUUUGGAGCUUGAGGAGGCUGCAAGCUGGAACUGUUCUUCAGACGACUAG